CCAGCUCCCUCACGGCUCCCCCGCCGGCGGCGGCGCCCACCGCCCGGGCCCCGAUGAGUAACUCCCGCAACAACCGGGUGAUGGUGGAGGGGGUCGGCGCCCGCGUCGUGCGCGGCCCAGACUGGAAGUGGGGCAAGCAGGACGGCGGCGAGGGCCAUGUGGGCACCGUGCGGAGCUUCGAGAGCCCGGAGGAGGUCGUGGUGGUGUGGGACAACGGCACGGCCGCCAACUACCGCUGCUCCGGGGCCUACGACCUGCGCAUCCUGGACAGCGCGCCCACCGGCAUCAAGCAUGAUGGAACUAUGUGUGAUACUUGCCGCCAACAACCGAUCAUUGGCAUUCGAUGGAAAUGUGCAGAGUGCACAAAUUAUGACUUGUGCACCGUUUGUUAUCAUGGAGAUAAACAUCACUUAAGGCAUCGCUUUUACAGGAUUACUACACCAGGAAGUGAACGUGAUAUUAGAAUGUACUUCAUAACUCUUCAGGUAACAGAAAUCCAAGACUGGAGUGCGUCGAGCCCACACAGUGCAGCGUAUGUUCUCUGGGAUAACGGUGCUAAGAACCUUUACAGAGUUGGCUUUGAGGGCAUGUCUGAUCUGAAGUGUGUCCAGGAUGCCAAAGGAGGUUCUUUCUACAGAGAUCAUUGUCCUGUGCUAGGUGAGCAGAAUGGCAACAGGAAUCCUGGUGGAUUGCAGAUUGGUGACCUGGUAAAUAUAGACCUUGACCUAGAAAUUGUCCAGUCUUUGCAGCACGGUCAUGGAGGAUGGACUGAUGGGAUGUUUGAGACUUUAACUACGACUGGAACUGUCUGUGGCAUUGAUGAAGAUCAUGACAUUGUAGUACAGUAUCCAAGUGGCAACAGGUGGACCUUCAAUCCUGCUGUCCUCACUAAGGCAAACAUCGUCCGGAGUGGAGAUGCUGCACAGGGUGCAGAAGGCGGCACCUCACAGUUUCAAGUGGGGGAUCUUGUGCAAGUUUGUUAUGAUCUGGAAAGAAUUAAACUUCUCCAAAGAGGACACGGCGAAUGGGCUGAAGCAAUGCUUCCAACUUUAGGUAAAGUUGGCCGAGUACAACAGAUUUAUUCAGACAGUGAUUUAAAGGUGGAAGUUUGUGGAACAUCUUGGACUUAUAAUCCUGCAGCAGUUUCCAAGGUGGCAUCUGCAGGAUCAGCCAUUAGCAAUGCAUCUGGUGAAAGACUCUCACAGCUUCUGAAGAAAUUAUUUGAAACCCAAGAAUCUGGUGACCUCAAUGAAGAGCUGGUGAAGGCUGCUGCCAAUGGGGAUGUGGCCAAAGUGGAAGAUUUGCUGAAAAGACCAGAUGUGGAUGUAAAUGGGCAGUGUGCUGGCCACACAGCUAUGCAAGCUGCUAGUCAAAAUGGACAUGUUGAUAUUUUGAAGUUGCUUUUGAAGCAAAAUGUAGAUGUAGAAGCAGAGGAUAAAGAUGGAGAUCGAGCCGUUCACCAUGCAGCUUUUGGAGAUGAGGGUGCUGUUAUCGAAGUCCUGCACCGAGGCAGCGCUGACUUGAAUGCUCGUAAUAAGCGUAGGCAGACACCUCUGCAUAUUGCUGUCAAUAAAGGUCAUCUUCAGGUUGUGAAGACUCUGCUGGACUUCGGCUGUCACCCCAGUCUCCAGGAUUCUGAAGGUGACACCCCUCUCCAUGAUGCCAUAAGUAAGAAGCGGGAUGACAUCCUGGCAGUUCUUUUGGAAGCUGGAGCAGAUGUGACCAUCACUAACAACAAUGGGUUCAAUGCCCUGCAUCAUGCUGCACUGAGAGGAAAUCCCAGUGCAAUGCGUGUUUUACUCUCAAAAUUGCCGAGACCGUGGAUUGUGGAUGAGAAGAAAGAUGAUGGUUAUACUGCAUUGCACCUGGCUGCCCUGAAUAAUCACGUGGAAGUGGCUGAACUGUUGGUCCAUCAGGGAAAUGCAAAUCUGGAUAUCCAGAACGUGAACCAGCAAACGGCCCUACACCUUGCUGUUGAACGGCAGCAUACCCAGAUUGUCAGGCUUUUGGUUCGUGCAGGUGCUAAGCUAGACAUUCAGGAUAAGGAUGGAGAUACUCCUUUGCAUGAGGCUUUGAGGCAUCAUACUUUGUCUCAGCUACGCCAGCUACAAGACAUGCAAGACGUGGGGAAGGUAGAUGCUGCUUGGGAACCAUCAAAAAACACAUUAAUAAUGGGACUUGGUACCCAGGGGGCAGAAAAGAAGAGUGCAGCAUCUAUUGCCUGUUUUUUGGCAGCCAAUGGUGCCGACCUCAGCAUUCGAAAUAAGAAGGGUCAAUCUCCACUGGAUCUCUGUCCUGACCCAAGUCUCUGCAAAGCGCUGGCAAAAUGUCAUAAGGAAAAAGUCAGUGGCCAAGUGGGUUCUCGGAGUCCUUCUAUGAUUAGCAAUGAUUCUGAAACCUUAGAGGAAUGUAUGGUGUGCUCAGACAUGAAGAGAGAUACUCUUUUUGGUCCAUGUGGACACAUUGCAACUUGUUCUUUGUGUUCUCCGCGUGUCAAGAAAUGCCUCAUCUGUAAAGAACAGGUUCAGUCCAGGACAAAGAUUGAAGAAUGUGUGGUGUGCUCUGACAAGAAAGCGGCUGUUCUUUUCCAACCAUGUGGACACAUGUGUGCCUGUGAGAACUGUGCCAGCCUGAUGAAAAAGUGUGUGCAGUGCCGGGCAGUCGUUGAACGAAGGGUGCCUUUCAUCAUGUGCUGUGGUGGAAAGAGUUCGGAAGACCCCUCUGAUGAUAUCUCAAGUGGUAAUAUUCCAGUGCUGCAGAAGGACAAAGACAACACCAAUGUCAACGCAGAUGUGCAGAAGCUGCAGCAGCAGCUGCAGGACAUCAAGGAGCAGACAAUGUGCCCUGUGUGUUUGGAUCGUCUGAAGAACAUGAUUUUCCUCUGUGGCCAUGGAACAUGCCAGCUCUGUGGAGACCGAAUGAGUGAAUGCCCAAUUUGUCGCAAGGCAAUUGAACGAAGGAUUCUUUUGUAUUGAUUAAGAAACACAGAGUGUUUUGUUAGCUAAAGUAUGUGAUCAUGAGGUCUUAGUAGGUUCUAAAGCUAGUUGGAAGUUUAAUCUAAAUGGGUUAAUUUGUAAUUUCAUAAUUUUUUAUUAGAAUGUAAUUAGACUAUAUAUGUACCACCAUCACAACGAAAACAUCAUACAGUGUUUGAAAUUACCUAUUUUGUGUGUGUGUCUGUGUCUGUGUGUCUCUGUGUGUCUCUGUGUCUUAAAUUUGGAACAUCAAAUCCAUGGUAAUUCAUAGGAAAUCUACUUUUGGUUUCAAAGGGGGAAAUCCUUUAAGGACCUCCUUUCACAUUGGUUUUCAUUUCAUUUUUCUUUUUAAAUUUAUAUGUAUGUUAAACCUUAAAAAUGACUUACAUGGUCAAUACUCCUCCAUGAUUUCAUGAUUAUCAUGAUUUCACAUGGUGGAAUGACACAGAUAUCCCAAAAAGUCCUGUGGAAGGUGAGUGGGCAAGUAAAACUGUGUCACAUGUAGUAAAUGAUAAGAAUACAGUAGAGAUGCCAUGUGGCCGAGGCAGUACUGAAGGAAAGAUAGUAUUUCAAGAUAAUUAGAAAGUAUCCAAAUGAUUGUUUCAGAAUUAAGUCCGUGGAAGUAUAUGCUAAAGAAUAAUGACUUUACCUUGUUUUCUAGACUUAAAAGCAAAAUUGACUAGCUUAAAUAAAUGACCAGUUUCAAAAUCAGCAGCAGACAUGAAAAGGAAAAGCAAAAUUCGAGUGAGAAUUGAAAGCCAGCACAGGACAGUGCAAGCACACCCCCUACCUGACUGUUCCUGCUGCACUUCUUGUAUUAACUUGUCGCUGUUUGGAUCAGCCAUUUGCAGAAAAAGAUCUGUGACAGCUGACCUGGGCUUGGUCUAAUCAGUGCACACACACCAUCCUGUUUGUGCCUCUGAGGUCUGCUCAGCAGGGUUAUACUUUAUUAGAGGCAGCAAUCUUUUUCUGUGUCUGUUAAUUCUGACAGUGUUAUGGAUUCUAUCUUCAUCAGAAGCCUUACUUCCAUUUUCUCAGAUAGUAAUUUUUUGCUAUAAAGAAUAUAGUUUUUCUUCAUACCUGCAGAUGAAUAUUCUUUAAACUGCCAAGGAUAACUAAGAUACAAUAAAUAGCUUAAUAUCAGAUACUUAGAAAAGGGUGCAGGGGCAUUUUGGAAAAGCAUGUGAUUACAUGUAGACUUGGGAGGGGGCUAAGCAUUUUAUCUCCUUUAAAUGAGUAAUCUUUUUAUCUAGCAUAAAUAUACGCGUUAAGUGUUUCGAGAUUCCUCCCUGCUAGAUUAUAAAAACAUGAGCUGUUUACAGUAGUGUCUACUAUACUGUGUAUAAGUAUAUACUCUUUUAGUGUUCUUUGGGGGUAGUUUUCCCCCACAUUUGAAUCUUACUACUUAUUUCUGUCUUUCUGCUGUAGCAACUCAAUGUGGGAGAGCAGAGUGUCCAGCCUGGUCACACUUGGCUGAGGUAGUUUACCUGCCACUGCCUUUGCCAGGCCUCCCUCGCGGUGAGCUCUGCCGCUGUGUUGUAGACUCAGCAGUUCCAUAUCUGUGUUUAGCUGAGCAACUGCUAUAUUUCUUUCUUUUGUUUUUGAGGUAACGUCUCACUAUGUAGUACAAGUUGGCCUGGAACUUACUGUGUAGCUCAGGCUGGCCUCAACCUCAUGAUUUUCCUGCCUCUGCCUUCCAGUUGUGGGAUCAUAGGAUGGGGACCCCACCAUGUCCAACAACUAUUAAUCUUUUUGGACAGUACAGUUUUUGUUAGUUUCAAAUUAGGAAUGUUAUGUUGUGACUAUUUAGCUAUGUAGUUAGGAACCAAUGAGGCCAUUUUCUAAGUAUAAUUUGAAGUUUUUUUUUCUUUUUUAAAAAGAUCCAUCUGAUGAUAUGAUGUUUACAUAAAGAGACAGACUAUCUUCUUGCAGACUUGGAAGUAGCAGAAAUGAGGAUCUUUUCUUCCUUGCCAUAGGCUGCCCAUUGGGCAAUGAAGGAUGGCUGCUGCACACAGUCUGCCAAUCCAAGAACCUGUGGGCCACAGCUGAAUCUAGCUUAAGUCCUUUUCUCUGUCUCCUGAGCUGCAGGGCUAAAGCUUGUAUCUGUAAGGGAUAGGCCUUCCGGCUAGCUCCCAGCUCAGUCUCCAUGUUAGAGCACAGCACACUAACUUCUGCAAGAGAAGCUGGAAAGUCUUGUCACUUGGCUGUUUAUUUUACGAAUAGAGGAUGCUCUUCUGUUCAUGUCUUCAGGCACCUGAAAUUGUUGUAAAUUUGCUUGGGUUUGCAGGAGAUGGCAAGGGCAAGAGCUGCCUCGGGCCAGUGACUUUCCUCCUCACUCUCUGGAACUGCUACCUCUUAGUCUCUUUGCAGUACUUGGCCCAUUGAGUAUCUCUCCUCCUUGUUUCCCAAACCCCUCUUCCCUGUGCCUCGGAACAACUCUUACUUCUCUUAGGAUUAUUUUUACAAUGGCACACAUUCUUUUUUUUUUUUUAAAGCAUUGGGCUUCAGGGGUUUGAUAGGAAAAGAAAAGGUCAGUGUCUUAGCACACUUAGAGUUCACACUGCAGUUGUUUGUGUCAUUUGUGGACAGUAACACAGGUUCUGAGGCACUGUUCGCAUUCCUGCUGGUGUUUCAAGAGAGCUUUUGGGGAGCAGUAUUUGGAAUCCUUUUCUGUACCCCUUGCUCCACCACAUUUCCUCCUUUAUUCAGCUCUAAAUACGUACAAUUUACCAGACGGUGCUAGCACACCUGCAUUUGUCACAUAGUUUAACAUCCUUAUCUAUGCUGUGUACAUAUGGAAUUUCAUUGGGAGCAAGGUUUUCAAGAGAAAUAGUUUAUAUUAGUGUAAGAAAAUUAUACUAGGCAAGUAUUUAGUUGCCCAAAUUAUGCUUAAGGUAUUUGUAAUUUAAUAAUGGCAAAUUAACUAGAAGUCUACUGAAACAUAAAAUUAACUGGAAAAAAAUUCUUAAAUUUAUAUUUUUGGUGAUUUUAGCCUGAAAGAACAUUUUAUUUUAGAAUGUUGAAAUGCAUGCUGCUUAAGAUUUGUCUAUUUCAAAAUUCAAACCUUGCUGGGUCAUUUUUACACAUAGGAACAUCCUGGGUAGUCAUAUAUUGCCUGGUGGAUGUUCUUUGUUUAUUUUGAAUUCUGGACACUUGUGAACUAGGAAUAGUUGAACUUGUGAGCUAGGGCAGUGCUAGAUGGAGCAGAGCUGGUUUGGGACAUGCGCGGUGCAGCAGACAGGAAACAAACAGGAAACACAGGGAGAAGGAGCAUCGUGAAGGAUUUGCUGCAGCCUUAGUGGAGAGGGCAUAGUUCAUUAAACAGGAAAAGAGCAUCUAUUAGGUCAGGUUUUCACACAUCUUGACAGCUGUUUUGUAAAUAACAGAUUUUGAUACAGCUUGCUUUUUUAAGGUCUAAAAGCAUUUAUCCUUUCAGAGUGUCUGAAAUGUUUAUAGUAAUAAUUUGUAUAAAAACUGACUCACAGGACACAUUUUUUUGGAAUUUUUUUUUUAAAUUGCAUUGAGAACCACAUAGACGGUUUGUUAUCCUGACUGCUUCUAAACGUGCAGUUGAGCAGUGUAACUCCCACUCACUCUGUUGGGAACAGCUGUGGAAUUUUAUCCUGCACAGCUGAAAUGCCACACCCAUCAGAUACUCCCUUCUUCCUUUCCUCUGUGCAGUAAGUAGAGUUCUGAGUACAUAGAAAGCAAGCAUUCAAGUUGCUGUGUAGUCAUUUGUAUUUGCAAGAUCUAAACUUAGGUGGACAUCAGGGUCCUGAAAUUUGAGGGAAGGGCAUCUCUCCCCUGCCAUAAUUGUUAUUUUUACAAUUAUGUUAAUUGAAAAUGUUUAUUAUUUCAUUUUGAGCCAGAGGGGGCAAAAUACAUUUAAAUAUGAGAAAUAAGUUAGCUUUGGUUUUGUACUAAUUAGGAAAGUAAUAGAUUUUCACAAGUAAUUUGUGCCUUGUUAUAAACGUCACUUGUCAUUGAGUCUACCUGUCAAAUAUCACAAUACAGUUUUCUUUCAAAAUGGCGUCUGAUUUAACUUGCUUGAAUAUCACAUAGGAAUGCUUACUGACAUUACUUGAGAAUCAUGUAUAUCCUUUUGACUUUAACACACACACAAACACACACAUACACACGAUAGCAGUAUUGAUAAUUACGGUUAUAUCUUUAAACAUUAAAUGUGAGGAAGCUGUCUAGUGUUGUCUCGUGUGUGUGUGUGUGUGUGUGUGUGUGUGUGUGUGUGUGUGUGUGUGUUGCUUUACUGCAGUGAAGGAGAAAUCCUUUGCACUGAGCUUCCGUGGCUGAUUGAGUGGCAGGUAGUGGGGUCAGAUCACAACAUAGAAACAUGAGUGCACAGUUCAUAAAGUUAAGUUGCUACUUUGGCAUUUUCUACCUCUUUUUCUAUCAGAAUAUUGCUUUUCUUCCCCUUCUAGCAUCUCAUCUUGUUUGUGAGUGAAAAGGAAGCAACCCGAGGUUAAAGUUAGAUUUUCUGUUUCUGAGAAUUUAAGCAAUAGGUGCAGGAAAAGGGACCUGUCAUGUUAAUUUGGUGCCUGAAUCUAAAAGUAUGAACUGAUGUGUGCAAACUGUCUAAGAAGGAUAAUAGUGCUGAGUAUUUGAAUCAUCCUGUAUAGUUCUCUUGAUUUUAUUUCAUAAACUUGACUUCUUUCCUCAAAAGCAAAGUGGUCUUCUAAUUUUUUAUGAAAUAAGCAAAGAUGCCGUUUUGUCUAAGUGUACAGUUUCAGGAAGCUCCUGAACGUUCUGACUCAGGGCUCUUUAACAGUUUAAGCAAUUAUUAAUAUAUUUUGGAAACUCCAUCUGCAUAAUUCUUCAGUGCCUUGAAAGAAUUAUUAACAUGGCAACACUUACAACUUGGUCAUAGGCAGCCUCUGGUGCACCGGGUCAUGGUAUGCACGUUCCUGAUCACACUGCUAAGCAUCCGUGACAGCUGCUCUGCACGUGUGCUGGGCUUGCGUAGUUCUUUAAGGGAGUGUUCUAUAUUUGCACUUGAUACUUGGUUUUUGCUUCUGUUUUUAAAAAACUGAUUAUUCAAGGCCAUGGCACUGUUAGAAGAAAAAUGGCGUUUGCUGUCGGUGUGCAAAGUCACCUUAAAUAGCUGUUGGGGAAGGGCAGGGCACACACAUUGUGUCUAGUACAAAAAGAGCAUCAGUUCGGGAAGCAGAUCGUCUUCCUCUCAAGUGGAAACCAAACCAAGCCAAACCCUUUGUUAGUGGUUCAAUUACAAAAUUAGUUGAAAGGAAAUCAUGAAUUGCAUGUCAUUCUUACUGCUGAUCUGUGGACUAAAUGGACGUUUUUCUGUCUCCUUCAGUGUAUGUCUGCCAUCCUAAGUACAAUAUAUUCAAAAAGGAGAAAGCAGGUUGUCUCAGAAGUGUUUUGCUUUGUAUUUUUUCCAGUUCUUCUUAGUUUUCAAUGUUGGAAUAAAUUUAAGUCUUGUUUAUGGAUAAAAUUUCUGUAUGGAAAAUUAUUCUUGCUUAUUAGCUUUUGUUUAAAAAAAAAGCUUAGUAGCAACUAAGCUUUUAAAAAUAAAUGCAAACAUUUACCAUUAAUAAAACUUAUGGUGUAAUAUGUUUUUCUCUGA